AUGUACUUCCGCUGUGGGCUAAUUCUGCUAUAUAAGAAUUUAUGUAGUCCCAUCAGAAAGACCACCAAUCCCGUCUGGGGUUCGCUUUCCCGAAGUAUGGUGCUGAGUCAGCAGAGGAGAAUUCCAGAAUUCAAUAGCUUUGUUGCACGGACCAACACAUGUGGGGAGUUGUGUUCUUCUCAUAUAGGCCAAGAAGUCACCCUGUGUGGAUGGAUUCAGUACCGACGACAAAACAUAUUCCUGGUUCUGAGAGAUUUCCAGGGGCUUGUUCAAGCUGUCAUUCCUCAGGAUGAGUCUGCUGCUUCUGUGAAAAAGAUUUUAUGUGAAGCUCCUGUGGAAUCUGUGGUGCAGGUGUCUGGAACAGUCAUUUCCCGACCUCCAGGACAAGAGAAUCCAAAAAUGCCAACAGGGAAGAUUGAAAUCCAAGUUAAAACUGCUAAGCUUCUGAAUUCCUGUAAGAAGCUCCCAUUUGAAAUCAAGGACUUUGUGAAGAAAACAGAAGCUCUUCGCUUGCAGUAUCGCUACUUAGACUUGCGUAGUUUCCAAAUGCAGUAUAACCUGAGACUGAGGUCCCAGAUGGUCAUGAGGAUGCGGGAGUACCUCUGUAAUCUCCACGGGUUUGUGGAUAUAGAAACACCAACACUGUUUAAGAAGACUCCAGGGGGUGCAAAAGAAUUUGUGGUGCCUUCAAGGGAACCUGGAAAAUUUUAUUCUCUUCCACAGAGUCCCCAACAGUUUAAGCAGCUUCUGAUGGUUGGUGGUUUAGACAGAUAUUUUCAGGUUGCCCGAUGUUACCGAGAUGAAGGUUCAAGACCAGACAGACAGCCUGAGUUUACUCAGGUACUACGUUAUAUUAAUUUGUCUGUUAUUGAUUUGGAUUUGGAAGUCUUACCUGUAUUCCUGAAAGCCAAUCAAAACUGGAAUUCUCCAGUUGCUAAAUCCAUAAUAGAGGAACAAAAAAUGGAACUGAUCAGAUUAUUAGAGAUCCAUGGAGAAGAAGUGGUUCUGCUAACUGCCGGAGAGCACAAGAAAACGUGUUCUUUAUUGGGAAAAUUACGGCUAGAAUGUGCUGACCUUCUAGAAGCCAAAGGAGUAGUUCUCCGUGAUCCAGCUCUGUUCUCUUUUCUGUGGGUGGUGGAUUUCCCACUCUUCCUUCCCAAGGAGGAAAAUCCUGGAGAACUGGAGUCAGCCCACCACCCUUUUACUGCUCCCCACCCCAGUGACAUCGACCUCCUAUACACUGAGCCUGAAAAGGUCCGUAGUCAACACUAUGACUUGGUUUUAAAUGGCAGUGAGAUAGGAGGUGGUUCUAUCCGAAUCCACGAUGCCAAACUACAGAGUUACAUCCUAGCAACAAUAUUAAAGGAAGAUGUGAAAUUGCUCUCCCAUCUCCUCCAAGCUUUAGAUUAUGGAGCACCUCCUCAUGGAGGCAUUGCCUUGGGGUUAGACAGACUGAUCUGUCUUGUCACUGGAGCUGCAAGCAUCAGAGAUGUCAUAGCCUUCCCGAAAUCAUUCCGGGGACAUGACCUCAUGAGCAAUGCCCCAGAUUAUAUCCCUCCUGAGGAACUGAAGCCCUAUCAUAUCCACGUCUUCGGGCCAACAGACUCAGAGGCAGAAAAGAGCUCAUUGACUCAGUCACCCCACUCAGAAAGCUGA